GAAAAAAUGUCGAAUGCAGUCACUCACAGUCACAGUCAAUUUGUGUUGGUGCUGCAGAACCCCAAUUUCACGGGGAGCAAAAGCAGCAGCAACAGCUUCUUCCUAAAACCCUUUGCGAAAUUCACAUCCCUCACAUCUCAAAUUUGCCACGCUUCUUUCUACCCGUUACCAUCAUUCGCUGACACAGUUUCAGACUCAAAGCACACAACCCUUCUCGUUGAAACUUACCAUCUCCACGACAGCCUCAGAACCUUACUUGCAAAGAUUGAGGAGGAAGAUUCGCAUCCUCUCCACAUACUCUCCGAAGAUGGAAAUUGGUCCAAAGACCAUUUUUGGGCCGUUGUCAGGUUCCUUAAAAAUGCCUCAAGGUUCACCGAAAUCCUUCAGGUGUUUGAUAUGUGGACGAACAUCGAGAAAUCGCGGAUUAGUGAGUUCAACUAUAACAAGAUCAUAGGCUUGUUAUGUGAAGAAGGAAUGAUGGAAGACGCGUUAUCUGCAUUGCAGGAGAUGAAAGUUCAAGGUCUCAAGCCUUCGUUGGACACUUACAAUCCAAUAGUUCAUGGACUAUCCAGAGAAGGUAAAUUCAGUGAUGCUUUGCGUUUUUUUGAUGAGAUGAAAGAAUCUGGCAUAGAACCGGAUAGUGAAACCUAUGAUGGUUUGAUUGGAGCCUAUGGGAAAUUUCAAAUGUACGAUGAGAUGGGCGAGUGUGUGAAAAAGAUGGAGUUAGAAGGGUGCUCUCCCGAUCAUAUCACUUAUAAUAUACUUAUCCAAGAGUAUGCUCGUGGGGGGCUACUCCAGAGAAUGGAAAAGCUGUAUCAGAGAAUGCAUUCAAAAAGAAUGCAUUUGCAAUCUUCUACUCUAGUUGUAAUGCUGGAGGCUUAUACCACAUUUGGGAUGGUUGAAAAGAUGGAAAAGUUUUACAGAAAAGUCUUGUACUCAAAGACGUGUCUAGAGGAUGAAUUGAUUAGAAAAAUAGCUGAAGUUUAUAUCAAGAACUACAUGUUUUCUAGAUUAGAGGACCUGGGACUGGAUUUAUGUUCCGCAUUUGGUGAGAGUGACCUUGUAUGGUGUCUCCGUGUACUUUCUUAUGCAUGCGUUUUGAGUAAAAAGGGUAUGGAUAUAGUUGUUCAAGAAAUGCGAGAUGCCAAGGUUAAUUGGAAUGUUACCGUUGCAAAUAUUAUCAUGUUGGCUUAUGUGAAGAUGAAAGAUUUCAGGCAUUUGAGAAUUUUGCUCUCUCAAUUGCCGAUCUAUCGGGUGCAGCCUGAUAUAGUCACUAUUGGAAUUCUAUUUGAUGCCAAUAGAAUUGGUUUUGAUGGCAGUGGAGCGUUAGAAACGUGGAGAAGAAUGGGCUAUCUACACAGAGUAGUAGAAAUGAAGACAGAUUCUCUGGUCCUUUCUGCAUUUGGGAAAGGUCAUUUUCUUAAAAGCUGUGUAGAAGUGUACUCUUCCCUUCACCCUGAAGACAGAAAAAGGGAAACAUGGACUUACUAUGAUCUCAUUGCUUUAUUGACAAAGCAUACUGGUAGCAUCGACUGUAUAAAACCAAGAUAGUUAACCCAUCUUUACUUUUAUGCAAGUAAAAUGUAAAAAAAAAAAAAAAAUUGACUCACUGUCCAGCUUUUAUUGUUAAGUUGGGAUGAUGAAAAAAAAUAUUAAAAUGCUACUCUGGCAGACUGGAGACACUUUCAAUUUUGAAACAAGUUUAGUUUAUGUACAUUAUCACAAUAAUAUAUUUUUACACAGUCA